AUGUUACAAUAUUUAAAAAAACAUUGGUCCGAAUCAAGUUCAAUGAAGCAUCGUCAAGUAAAACAUUAUGGAUAUGAAUUUGAUUAUGACAAUAAUGGAGUUCGAUAUGAUUCAUGUGAUCCAAUUCCUAAAGAAUUUGAAUUUAUUUUAAAUGCUAUUUAUUUGCGUUUAAAAUGGCAUCCCAAUCAAAUAACAGUUAAUAAAUAUUUACCUGGACAAGGAAUUCCAAGUCAUAUAGAUACUCAUGGAGUUUUUGACGAAUAUAUUUUGUCUCUGUCAUUAAAUUCUGAUAUUAUGAUGGAAUUCAGAAAAGGAAACUAUCAUAAUAGUAUUUUGCUAAAGUCAAAAUCUCUUUUAAUUAUGUCUGGUGAAUCAAGAUUUGAUUGGACUCAUGGCAUAACACCAAGAAAAUUUGAUAUGAUUAACACGGCCGAUGGUCCUGAUAUUAUUUGUCGUAGAACUAGAAUUUCUGUAACAUUUAGACGAGUAGUUCAAAAUUAUGAAAACAUUGAGGUUAAAAGAAACUUAUAUGAAAUAUUAGGUUGUGAUAAAACCACACCUUUUGAAACAUUAAAGGAUAAUUAUAGAAAACUACUUGUUAAGCUUCAUCCAGAUAAAAGUAUACUGUCCUCAACAACAGCUGCUUGUGCCGAAUUGAAUAAAGCAUGGGGUGUUCUUAAAGAUGCCGAAUUAAAAAAAACAUAUGAUGAGCAAAUUGAACAAUGUGAUAUUGAUACAGAAGUAACAAUCUUUGAAACUUUAAAUAUUAGUGAUUUAGAAUUUGAUGAAGCGGAAGAAAUCUUUUCCUACAGAUGCCGUUGCGGAGGCAUGUUUUUAGUACCUAAGUCAAUGGUUGAUCAGAUAGAACCUUUAUUAUUUCCUUGUGAUGAUUGUUCUUUAUUUAUUAAGAUUAUGUUACCAAACACUAAUGUUUCUUAA